AUGUCUAACAUUGUUACAUUAGCUCAUUACUCCAAUAAUAAUGAAGCUGCUACAAACCCUCUAUACAAGGGGGUUACAACCGUUUGGCUGUUGUCAACCCUUGGAUCGUCGCGUCUUGGCGGCAAUGGGAGUGACUCUAAUAGCUCUUUCUCUUCAGUGUUGAAAAAGAAGGAUAUCGUCAAUGUUUCAAUUCCUAAGACCUGUAAAGUCAUUCAAAAUAAUGAGUUGGAAUUGCCGCUGAGGUACGUCUCGAAUCUGUUAUAUGGUGUCACUGUCUGUUACCACAGGAAAGCCGAGUAUGUGUUAAGUGAUGUGACAUCUCUUUUAACUCAGUUACAGAAGAAGUUUUAUGUGGCUCCCUUCCAGAGAAAGAAGAAUGAUAAGUCUCAUCAUGUUGCGACUAUCUUCGACGUUAAUGACGCCAGCGCGGCUAACGGUCUACUUAAUGACGAUCCACUAUUUGAUAUCAAUCAGAUAAAUAAUUUUGCAAAUGUUUUUGAGCCUGGAAAGCAACAGGCUACAACGGAAGCUUUGACUAUAAGAAGACAGGAUUUCAUGAAUGAGUUGACUAAUUCAAACAAUUUUGAUGACGCGAAAAAUCUAACCAACUCAAGUGACAGAAUUAACCGUCCAUUAACUCUCGAAGAUAUUCCAAUUGAUGUUGAUUUCAAUUUUGAUAUCGAUGACGUGAUAAGUCAACAAGGUACUUCAUACCAUUCCAAGACUUCGUCUCAAAGAGGUGAUAACGAUUUCCAGAUUGAUUAUAAUAAGCAGGAAUUUAAUUUGAAUUUCGAAGGUAAUGAGGAUGCUCAAGUUCCAGCCGAUGAGACUGGUAUCGAUCUGGGCAUAGAAGACGACGAUGCCUCUCUUGAGGAUGAGGAAGCCAAUACUAAAGAGGGAAUGCCACCACUGAAAAAGUUGAAAGUAUCAGGUAGUAGUGCUAACUCCUACCAACUGAUCCAAAUUGACGAGAGAACUGGCUUAUCCACGGAUAUUUUGAGAAGUAACCAUGAUCAUUAUUUCGAAAUAAUGGACAGCAAACGUAGAAAGAAGAGAAAAAACUCUACGACAAUUAAUAGCAGCUGGCAAACCAUAAUGAGGCUAGAUGAGGAAGCAAAUUUCGUUCAAAGAUGUUGGAAUUUAGCGUUUGCUAAUCCCGGAAAGUCGGAUUUGAGUUUUCUGACUUCGAAAGAACCCAUAAGCGAUUAUAGAUCCAUCGAGAGAGGUCGUAAGAGGGCAAGAUCGUUGCAAUCAGAAAGAUCAUCUAGUAGUAUUUCUAGUGAAGAACAAGGUAGAAGAGCUGUGUUGACCAGAGAUGGAUCACUAGAACCUGAUAACAAUUUAUUGCUGAAUUUGGAGCAGAUAAACGAAGAAUUGGAUGAAGAUGAGUCUACCAAUCGAAGCGAUCUUUUGCAGAUCAACUUAGAUUUACCGCCAUCUAGCUUUGGUAGAACUGAUACGCGCGACAAUGUUACGGGGAGUGACUCGAGAGGUGCAAGCUUCGCGCAGGGCCUCGAUGUAGUUGACGAACUCAGGCAGGUCAAGAGCCGCAGGAGAAAAGGAGGAGAUACUAGCACAAUUGUCAGCGACUCAAGUGAUUCCGGCUCAGAUCAUUUGAGCUACCAGGUGGAGCGGCAUUCCUUGGGGUCAAUGGUUCUUGACUCACAUACAAGAAAGUUCUAUGAUUACGUCAAAGAGAGAUCUUCGUAUGUUGGUAAAACGACAAGGUCAAAUCCUCCUUUCCAAAAGAAAAUGCUCUUUGAAGAUGUGGUUCCAAGCAGUUUAUCCCUCUCUGGCACAGGAACUGAUUCUCAGAACGUAUCUGUGACUGAUAAGAAGAUCGCUGCAAGCGCCUUCUUGUCUUUACUCAAUUUGGCCUCUAAAGAUUUGAUUGAUAUCAAAGGCUAUCAUGAUCAUGAAGAGAGUGAUAGAGGAUUCAAGCCAUUCGAGCUCAUGAAUGGUGACGAUAUAGUAGUCUAUGCUUGA